AUGACUUCCUACUUGCACAAUACACUUCAUUCGGGAAUCAACAUAGGACAUGGCAAGGUGGUUCACUAUUCGGGUCAUGGCAUCAAGAACAAAAGCAAAGAGGUUUUCAUCCGAACGGCGAAACUCGUCGGCAAUUUUGUGACAUUGCCAUCGAGAAUCAAGGUUCUUGAACGUUUCCCCCUGGCCAUGAUCAGCUUCAACGUACGGGAACGUAUGGGGGAAGAUAUAGCGAAGAUCGCCGAAAGCCACGCAAAAGUUCACGAAGGAAAGGGUGCCUACAAUCUUUUCUCUAACAACUGCCAACAUUUUGUGACAAUGUGUGCCACUGGAGAGAAAUUUAUCAUGCACAAGGGGCUUUCGCUGUUCAGCGUGUUCAGUCUGAACCCGAUCGCUUUGGUCCUUCCAAACAUCCGCACAAGCUCCUUCACUAACUAUCGACAUCGCGCGAAAUACGAAGAAAUCAUUGAUGAAAGACAGCCGAGGAAGAUUUUUUGUCGUGUCUUGGAAGAAUUGAAGUCCAAACAAACU